UGAAGACUGUCGAGUCAAAAGAAGAAGGCAUCUUGUUAGUCUCCAUUGCACAUGACCUCAUUUUUAGUGUUCGUGCUCACUAACACGUGUUUUGCUCGCUGCUCUUUGACAAAAGGCUCACAAAAAUGUUGAUCCUAUUUGUACUUUUUUUCAGUCUCACCAUCGUGGGUAAUGCAACACUGGUGUAUGUUAACACCACUAUCACCGACUCAGCAGUCCUCGAAUGUAGUAUACAAAAUAAAAAUAUCACGGACUGGAGUAAUGUUCGUUUUUAUUGGCAAGAUAACAGGGAUUUUGUGUUGUAUUCCUAUAAUGAAGGAAGAAAGAUGGCUGAGCAUGUAAAUGACUACUAUAAACACAGAGUCACAGCCUUCCCUCAGGACAUAAAUAGAGGAAAUAUCAGCAUCAUAAUCAAAAACCUGACUCUUGAAGAUAACGAAAGGACUUUCUGGGCUUUUGCGGCAGUCUUGGACGGCAGCGUGAUGAAGAAAUACCACCUGGAACACACACAGAUCUGCCAAGUAACUUUACAGAUAGGUGUUCCUUACCAGAAUCCCAGGCUAGAUGUUAAUAUGAAAACAAUGACUGCAGUGUGCACUACCCAAGGAGGAUUUCCUGCCCCUGAGAUACAAUGGGUCCUCCUCUAUAAAAGCUCUCAUCAAUCAGUAGAGUCGAGGAACAUCCAGACUACAACGAUGCAGAAUUACCACGAUCGCCUUUACAGCUCCCGCAGCACUCUACCAAUCCCUGCAGGUCCUCACGAGGCCGUGAGCUGUGUCAUCCACAACCCGACUUUGAACAGGACAAUGAGGGCCACCCGUACUUUCAGCAAAGGUGCUGGAGUGACGAGCUCCCCUGAAUGUCUGAUAUCUGCUGCUGUGUUUCUUCUAACAGCUCUACACUGGCUGUGAUUCACAGCAAAGCCACCUGACAUAGACUGAUCCACCCAUCCAUGUUCUGCUGUUGCUACCAGGGUCUGGUUUUGGUAAUGGACUACUCCAGAGGAGUGAUUAUACCUCAUGCUGAAAAUACUUCAUGCCAUGGAGACACUUUUACUAUCCAUAAUUCAAACUUACUAGUUUAAUUGUUUUGCAUUUUUCACCCUACCUUUGCAUCAUUAUAAUCUCCUCCUGGUUGUCUCUUCAGCAGGAAGUAGAAGUAAAAGAAGGGCAAUCACAGGGGCACACUGAGGGUGCAGACCACCGUGUAACUAGCAAUUUUUAAAUGUUAAUACUCUUUGU